AUGCCUAGGAUGUUGGCAAUUUCGUUAUGGAUCCCGCUAUUGUGCAUCUUGAAUUCUUUCUCCAUUGCGGAUGCAUCGAUUGGUCCCAUUGACCGGAGAAGUCAAUUGUUUCGCAACAACAAAAGUCACUCGUCCAAUAAUAUUCCAUUCGUAGUUGCUGCUCCCAAGGAUAUCCCUGAAUCAUCAGCAUCAUCUGAAACCAGCAAAUCCAAGAUUGACGCUACCCUCACCAAGUACCACCAUCAUGUUCCAAGAGGAGGACAAGACAAAAUUGAUGGAGUGAUUCGAGUGGUUGGUACAGUGACACAGACUCUCAUAUCCUGUGGUCGAGCCAUUCUUCCACCCAUCUUUGCCUGUGUCAAGGGAAUUGUGAAUUUCUAUCGGGCCCUACCGAUUGAUGCAGUGAUUGCUCAAGUGGGACUCGUGUAUUGUUUUGCGGGAGGCUAUUAUCCUACUUUAUUUUCUUCCUUGGAAGCUGCUCGACAUUGCGGCUGGGAGAUUGCGGUGGAAGCGGUCAAGGAUUUGACCGACGAAGCCAUCAAGGUCAUUGAUGCCACAGCCGACCUGCCCAGGGAUGCCUUUGAGAGGAAGGAAAUCUUUUUGCAGCAAACCAAUAUUGUAUUGAAAACAGUGGAUCCGAUGAAGAUUAACCAAGCGGCAGCCGCACUAUACACCACUUGGUUGGGUAUUUCAACCGUGUUGGAAAAGGAGUAUGCCCGUGUCAUCAACUUGUCUAUGACACUAGCUGGAUUCUUUGAGCGAAUUGCCCAUUUUAUUUUAGAACCACCGGUGAAGAUGUGCAUUUCACAAGAUUACCACAAGUGGGUUCCUGUUGUUAUUGGUUGGAUCGCCAAAGCCGCCGCCAUGAACAUUGCCUGGAGGAUUCAACGAGUACUCACCGCCUCUACAUCGGCCAUGGUGGGGGGUGUCAUGUUUGCUCGAGCUUUGUUUCGAAUGAUUUCCAGAAAAGGCUUUCGGCUGUUUGGAUUGAUCCGAGAAGAUGAUACCGAAUCACCAUUGGAUGAAAUUGUGGGUUUCACGGUGGGUGGGUUUGGAUUUUGGACUCAGAUUCAAACGCAGUACAAGAAUGGGUUCACCUUUGAAGUGCCCUUUCCCUUUAAUCUAAUCACUUGGCCAAUGGAUUGGGCGGAACGAUGGAUUCAGUGGCAAAUUACCAAGUAA